AUGAGCCUGCGCGUGUGCUUACAUUCAGCAGCAUGCGUGAGACGAAUUUUAUUUUCUUGCAAUGAGAUCAAGACAUAUCAUUAUCGACCAAAGUGCGCGAACUCAUGGACGCGAGUUGCAAAACAAGGCAUGGUAAAGAGAUGGGCCACGACGUUGCCAUCAGCAGAUUUAGAUCACGAAGCUAGCACGACUGAUCAGAGCACCUCCGAUAAAAGUCUUGACGCACCCAGCAAUCCUGUAGGUGUUCAGCUACUUGAGCGCCAAGUGCACCGGCAGUUAUUUCCUCCAACAUCCAUGCAAAUACCUGUGGUGGAUGAACUAGCAUUGAACGUUUGCCAAGAUCAUUUACGGCGACAUGACUUGCAUGCAUCUAAAGCUUCGCAUUUAAGGCCUACUUCAUUUGUUCUGCCGCCAUUACAAGGCAAAGAUCUGGGUGAACACUUUUGGACCAUUGGACGUCAGUCGGUUCAUCCCUGGCUAGAGUAUGCAGAACGGCUCUCUACGGCGCAAAUUCCAGCGCCACCGGUGGCUGAAACAGACGUUGAUACUUCAAAACACUGGGAUCCACAAAGUUGGCUUGCUCUUGAUGACACACUUCGCGCGAGCGUGCCGCUGAAACCAGCGACUUUCUGUACAGCUCAUGGAUGGACAAAGUACCCAUUUUUGCGCACAUCGGAGGGGGAAAUAGCGGGUUUUGGAGAACCAGUACAAGUCCCGUAUCCUGAUGAGCAGGACUCGGCGUUAGUCUUUGAUGUUGAAGUCCUGGUCAAAGUCAGUCCGUAUCCGGUCAUGGCUGUGGCCGUUGGGCAGCAGGCGUGGUACUCGUGGUUAAGUCCAUGGCUUGUUCAACAGGGACCAAGACAUCAAAGUCCUGCGCACUUGAUUCCAAUGGGACCAAGAAAGACAAGUGCUUCGGUACCGCGUCUAGUCGUGGCCCACAAUGCAGGCUUCGACCGCGCUUGUGUGUUAGACGAGUACUCCCUGCACGCGUCUAAGAUCCGUUGGCUUGACACCAUGAGCUUGCAUGUGGCUACGAACGGCAUUUCAUCGCCACAGCGAGCGGCCUGGACCGAGCAUACUCGGGUAAGAGCUAUACGGCGCCUUAACAAGUUAUUUGCCGCACAACGUGUUGAAGAAGACACCCGGGAGCAAAUCCGCAAGUUGCUGGGAGCAGGAAAUCUCGAUGAUAAAGCAUUGUCUGAGUUGCGCAUGCAACAGCUGAAUGACAUUGCCGAAGAAGUACAGGAAUGUCUGAGCGAGAACAUACAUGGACUCAAUACAUCUCUCGGUUUGGACAAUCCACUGUUGCAGACGGACGAUGACCACAAUCAGGUGCUAUGGCAAGAUGUUACAUCACAGAAUUCCUUAGCGGAUGUAGCUGCGCUGCAUUGUGGCAUCCACGUGGACAAGGGGAUUCGGGAUGUGUUUCUAUCCAGCACAUCCCGAGAAGAAGUAGCCGCGCAACUACCAUUACUGCUCGCCUAUUGUGCGUCGGAUGUAAGCACGGCAUUUUCUGUCUUUACCAAAGUGUGGCCUGCUUUUCGCCGCAAUUGUCCACACCCUGCGACGUUGGCGGGGGUAUUGGGACUAGGAAGUACGUUUCUGCCAUUGGAUGCGACCUGGACAAACUACCAGCAACAAGCAAAAGCGAAGUUUGACGAAAUGAAUGCUAACGUCGUAACUACGCUGAAAAAGCUAACGUAUGAUCUUGUUGAGGCAGGAAUCCAAGACAUUGAUCGGGCAAGUGAAACACCGGCAAAGGACCGAUGGUGGGAGACGGACCCUUGGUAUAGCCAGUUGGACUGGUCGCCCAAACGACCCAAAACUCUUGAUGCAUCGGCAUUUGUACCGGCUUGGUGGCGAGAUCGCGUGGCGAAUGCAAAGACGAAACUUUCCGCGCGUGUAAAGAUUGUGCCGCAGCUACUGCAGCUACAGUGUGAUGGCAAUUGGGUUGUGACGGAUGGAAAACGCUGGGCCAUGCAAUGUGGCGAAGGCACUGUGGAAUUGCCAGGCUCUCCUCUUUCGCAGGCUGUGCGCAAGAAACACGUCAUCACUAGCGGAGGGGGAGCGUUGGCUGAGAAAGCACUAAAUGCUGUCUUGAUAAGCUCUCGCGACUCGGAUAGCAUUAUGCGAGAGCUUGCUCUGAUGAUUCGCGAUCAGGGACACCGUGAUCAGCCGGGCUUGACACAAUUAGACUGGACGCCCGUGCCAUACCACGAUCCAGCCGCCCAAGCUCCUUGGUGGCCUAAGUGGUAUUGGGACUUAUACGAUGCUCAGGCUGAAGAUGUGGAAGUGACUAUCCGGACCAAAAUAGCGCCGAUUCUGCUGAAAAUUGCUUGGGAUGGUGCACCGAUCUUCCGCAGUCGUGAACAUGGCUGGGUUUACCGACGGACGCACGCUCAUCCAUGCGAUGCAACACCCCUUACAUUUUCCCACGCGGCUGACACAGCUCUAUCACAAGGUAUUUUCUAUAAACUGCCACAUGUGAACGGCGAUGGAAGCAAUGUAGGUAAUCCGUUCAGCAAGGGAUUUCUGCCGUACUUUGAAAAUGGCAGACUGCGAAGUUUGCAUCCUAGUGAGCAAAGUGCCGAAGCUGCACGUGCAGCGCUGGAAAUGAAUGCUCAGUGCAGUUAUUGGAUUAGUGCACGCGAUCGCAUUGAGAAACAGAUGGUCGUCUGGGAUGGCGAAGCAGACACCUGUAUGGGAUUUGAUGACACGCAAAUGCGAAGAGGCAUGAUCUUGCCCCAGGUCAUUACGAUGGGCACUGUGACGCGCCGAGCGAUUGAGAAAACGUGGCUUACUGCCUCUAAUGCGAAGAAAAACCGGAUCGGUAGUGAGCUAAAAUCAAUGGUGAAAGCAUCACCAGGCUGGAGUAUUGUCGGUGCAGAUGUCGACAGUGAGGAGCUGUGGAUCUGUAGUGUGAUGGGCGAUGCGCAGUUUGGUAUUCAUGGCGCUACAGCGAUUGGCUGGAUGACGUUGGAAGGCUCAAAAGCACAAGGGACGGACCUGCACAGCAAGACGGCUUCGAUUCUUGGUACAAGCCGUGACCAGGCUAAAGUGUUCAACUACAGCCGUAUUUACGGUGCCGGCAUUCGGCAUGCGAUGCAGCUCUUACUCAAGGCAAACCCGAGUAUGCCUGUCGAUGAGGCCUCUCGGCGGGCGAAGCAGCUGUAUGCUGCCACAAAAGGCCAGAACACGCGCUCCCAGAAAUACUUUGGGCGCCGAUUCUGGUACGGGGGCACAGAGAGCUUUGUAUUCAACAAGCUGGAGGAAAUUGCCCUGAGUGAGCAGCCUCGCACACCCGCUUUGGACUGCGGGAUCACCGCUGCGUUGUCCAAGCAAUUCCUCCCGAAGACGCGCGGUUCCGCGCAGCAGGACUACAUGCCCAGCCGUAUCAACUGGGUCGUUCAGUCCAGUGGUGUGGAUUAUCUGCAUUUAUUGAUUACGUCCAUGACGCAUCUUUGCAAGACAUAUGAUAUUGAAGCACGAUUCAUGCUCAGUGUGCACGAUGAAGUCCGCUACCUGGCGCGGGAUUCAGACAAGUACCGCGCUGCUCUUGCGCUACAGAUCGCGAAUUUGUGGACCCGCUCCAUGUUUGCAUUCAAGCUCAACAUGGGCGACGUGCCUGAGUCUUGCGCAUUUUUCGCGGCAGUGGACAUUGAUCAUGUGCUACGUAAAGAAGUCGAUGACCCAUGUGUGACCCCAUCGCAAUGGGAGCCAAUCGAGCCAGGUGAGUCGCUCGAUAUUCAUACCAUCCUGGAGCGCACGAAUGGCUCGCUCUUCCGCGAUGGACGUCCCAUGCCCCGGCCGUCUAGUGAGCUGCAUGAGUCGCCUGCAUGCACGCAGGACCCCGGCUGGCCAGCUUACGUGCCAUCGACGCAGCAACACAGGUGUCUCGGUGAGGCGGGUCUUUUGUACUUGCAGGCACAGGCAUCAGCUGACAUUGACGAAAUUCGCGCAUUGCACAAUCGACUGCAGCGUCAACAUGCACGUCAUCCACAACCUAGGAGGCAACGAGCCACGUUAUUACAUAUGCCAUCCGUCCGGACAGUGACUACGAGCGCGGAAAAAUCAGCUGCCGCGCAUCAACGUCUCCAGCAGCAUAGUACGCGAAAAACACGGCAGAUGGAAUCUUUGUUGGCUUUGGAGGCGAUGUUGCCAAAGAAACAAUCGCAUCGAGACCCGAAACGAAAAAAACGGAAGAACCAGGUUCGGGCUCCCAUGUCCAAGAGCCGGAGUCGAGGCUCUCCGCAGCCUAAGUCAACCAGGCCGAUGCAUCUUUCUGGCGCUCUUUUGCCGCCUUCCUUGUUUAACAAACCCAUGCUUCGAUACAAGCCGUAUCAACCAGCACAAAUGAAUAUGAUGAUUAGCUCUAGACGUCGUGCGCGCAAUAAGCGAUUGCAGCGCUGGGACGAAGUCCAGGAAAUCAAAUUCUUAGCUGAGACAGAGGCUCAGGCUCGCGUACGAGAUGGAUUCUUCGACCGAGUAAAUGAGUGGUGUAAGUCCGACACGCAACUCGAGUGGCUGACAUACAGACGAGCGAUAUGCGCCCUAUGA